AUGGAGGUGUGGAGCAGCGAAGAAGAGAAGGGUCUGACUGAACUGGAGGGCUCGACAGGCACCAUGAUAGCCUUGAACUCCUCCAGCCACCUCCUCCUCUACUAUGAUGCUGCUAACCACACCAACUACACCACCACCACCAACAACAUCACCUAUUUCCCUUACUACCAGCACUCCCUCCCUGUGGCUGCUAGCUUCAUCCUGGCCUACCUGUUCAUCUUCCUGCUGUGCAUGGUGGGUAAUGUGCUGGUGUGUCUGAUCGUGCUGGGGAACCGCCGCAUGAGAACCGUCACCAACCUUUUCAUCCUUAACCUGGCGGUCAGCGACCUGUUGGUGGGCAUUUUCUGCAUCCCCACAACGCUGGUGGACAACCUCAUCACAGGCUGGCCGUUUACCAACACUGUGUGUAAACUGAGUGGUCUGGUGCAGGGGAUGUCUGUGGCUGCCUCAGUCUUCACCCUGGUGGCCAUCGCAGUGGACAGGUUCCGCUGCAUUGUGUACCCUUUUCAGCCCAAACUCACCCUCUUAGUUGCCAAGGCGACCAUAGCGAUGAUCUGGGUUCUGGCCGUGGUAAUCAUGUGUCCCUCAGCAGCUGCCCUGACCGUGGAGGAGGUGGCUGAUCACUACAUGGUAUACAGCCAGAACUACAACAUGACCUACCCCCUGUACUCCUGCUAUGAGAACUUUGCUGACCCGAAGAUGAGGAAGGUCUACACCACGGUUCUGUUCGCCCACAUCUACUUGGUGCCCCUGACUCUCAUCACCGUCAUGUACGGGCGCAUCGGGGUGAAGCUCUACACCUCUGUGGUGUCAAGCAGAGAACCUCAGGAUGCAGCACCUCCUCCCCCCCCAGCAAGGCAUGAUGGGGGAAGGCCACAGAUCUCCCAGAAGAAGAUCAAGGUGAUCAAGAUGCUGAUCGUAGUGGCCCUGCUGUUCAUGUUGUCCUGGCUGCCGCUGUGGACUCUGAUGCUGCUGACGGACUACGGAGGGCUGGGAGAGGAACAGCUGGAGCUCCUCACUGGAUACAUCUUUCCCUUCGCCCACUGGCUAGCCUUUUCCAACUCUUCUGUCAACCCCAUCAUCUACGGAUACUUCAACGAGAACUUCAAGAGGGGCUUCCAGGCCGUCUGCCAGACCAACUCUUGCUGCCCCACAGGGAAUAGGGGUGAGGUAACGGGAAGGGGAACUAGGGAAGGUAGAGCAAGAGAUGGGGGUAAUGGUGGAUUGGAUGGAGGCGGACUGAGGGAUCCCACAAGCAACCCCAAUCCUCUCUUGUUUGGGACAAGAAACAAAGUAUACACCGACGGUAAUGUGGCAGACUCUGUGCUCCUUGAGCUGGAGUUGAAGAAGAAGGUGGGAAGCAACACGGUCCAUAUUGAGGGCAGGGGGACUGGGGCGAGUGGAGGAAUGGGGAUUGGCUAUGUGAUGAACAAAAAGGGGAUUCAUGUUGAGGAGCCCACCAGCCCAAUGGGAGUGUGUCAGGCCUGGGAUCAUUAG